UAUGCGGCUGAGAGCCGGGGGUGGGUGUGUGAUGUUUGCGAGGGGGGGAGGUCGAAUGAGGAGGUGUUGGGCGAGUGGAGGGAGGUUUGUCGGGCGAAGGGGGUGGCUGUUGAGGAUGAGGAUGAGAAUGGGGGUCCGCGGGAGGAGGGUGCUGCUACAGACGAGAGCAGGCAGGGUGAUGGUGCUGCUGCUGCUGCGUUGGAAGCGGAACCGGCGCAUACGGGUGCAGAGACGGCUUCUUCUCGGCAGGAAUCGCGCGCCCCGUCGUCAACGACUUUGGUGGAUGCUGCGCCGUCGUCGCCGCAGGUAUCGUCUCUGUCGUCUGCGCCUGCGCCUACGCCGACACGCACGACCCCCGUCCAGACUACUUCCCGUCCUGCUACCGCACAAUCCACAUCCUCGGAUGCCCCCUGGCUCGAUCGAGCCAUCCUGGGUGUUCUCAUCGCGUUGGCGUUUAUGAUCAUACGACGGAUGGCAAAGUCAGAGGAGUAUUAG